UAGACACAAAGAAAAACGUACAGUUCAAAAAGGAGUUCGUUGGCUUUCCAUGAUUCAUUUGUCCGCCGACGAGAUUCGCGAAUCGUGUACACGAGCAUCAACUGAACAACUGUAUACUUAUAUUUCUGAGGAAUUCACUCAUGUGCACAUGUGCGUGUGCACGUGCACACAUAUAUACACAAUCGGAAAAAUAAAUUGAGAUUCUCAAGACUGGGAAAAAAGGUUUGGCUGUGAAAAUUUAUCGAGAUGGGAUCCAUGUAUGACGAAAUUUCACAAAUGUGCGUGCAAAAAAGGGGGGAAAGGGAUAUGGCAUCCAGAAAUUUGCACAGACGGCCGUUGGAUCGCACGAGACCAACAGCAGCAGGCCUCGUCUUGAAUGAACGAUCGCAGGAUCCCGCCUCGCGAUGUGUGACGGCAACACGGCAACGCGGCGGUGUUGAGAACGCAGCUCGCUUACGCUCACUUCGUUACAGACUUUCCGGUGGUGCUGUUAUGACGGACGGGGAACAACGACCAAACAAAACACCCUGUCUUUCUCCGGCAGGCGUCAUCAAAUCUUUCAACAUCGAAGAAGAAAAUGAUAAACAAUUCGUUUUCCAACAGGAUGAUCUCUUCUCCCAAGGAUUUCCUCUUUUUGAGGAAAUACGAAGGCAGGGCAAACUUUGCGACGUCACUCUCAAGGUGGAUGAUCAAAUUUUUAGUGCUCAUAGAAUAGUUUUGGCGGCUACCAUUCCAUAUUUCCAUGCUAUGUUUCUUAACAACAUGGUGGAGAGCAAGCAGAAGGACAUAACAUUGCGAGACUUUGAUGCAGGAACGCUAGAAGCGCUGAUAAAUUUUGCUUACAGUGGCAAAGUGACGUUGAACAAUGACAAUGUACAGAGCAUGAUGGUAGGAGCGUCAUUUCUUCAGUUACACAAAGUGCGUGACGCAUGCGCUGAUUUUCUGAAAAAACGCUUCAAUCCUCACAACGCCCUGGGAAUAAGUCAUUUUGCUGACACAUUGAACUGUACGGCUCUCGUGACCGAAGCAACCAAUUACAUUCACCAAUAUUUUCAUCAAGUUGCUCAGUCUGACGAAUUUUUAAAUUUAACUUUUGUGAACCUCAAAGAACUCGUAUCUCGUGACGAAUUGUACGUCGUUUCGGAGCUCCAAGUUUUCGAAGCAAUUAUCAAAUGGAUUAAUCACGAUGUCGAACAACGAGUCGAUCAUUUGGCAGCUUUAUUGGCACAUGUCAGAUUGCCUCUACUUAGUCCUGAAAUCCUUGCUGAUCGUGUCGCCAAAGAGAAUUUCGUCAAAAGCUCCCAUGCUUGCAGAGAUUUAUUGGAUGAGGCCAAAGACUAUCAUCUCAUGCCUGACAGGCGCCAUUUAUUAGCAUCCUUCAAAGUUCGUCCUCGCUGCUGUUACAAAAUAAUGGGCCAUAUUUUUGCCUUUGGUGGACUCUCAAAAUUUGGUAGUUCCCGCAGCACCGUCGAAGUUUACGAUCCUUUCACCGGAAAAUGGCAAACAUCCGAGGCCAUGACGAUGGACCGAAGUCGAGUUGGAGUAGCAGUACAUAGAAAUAAAUUAUACGCUUUUGGUGGUUACAAUGGCCACGAAAGAUUAUCUACCGUCGAAGUUUACAAUCCCUGUUUAAAAACGUGGAAAUUAAUAGCACCGAUGCACUGCAAAAGAAGUGCGUCUGGAACGACAGCUCUCAAUGAUUUCAUUUACGUAUGCGGGGGUUACGAUGGUGAAACGUCGCUAAACACUGCGGAAAGGUAUUGUCCUGAUACGGACAAAUGGCAAAUGAUACGACCUAUGAACAAGCAUCGCUCCGCUGGCGGAGUCGUUGCUUUUGAAGGAUACAUUUAUGCCCUCGGUGGACACGAUGGACUAUCAAUAUUCAACUCGGUGGAACGAUACGACCCGCAAACCGGAGUUUGGUCGCACGUCAAACCAAUGCUGACUCGAAGAUGCAGAUUGGGAGUCGCUACCUUGUUCGGAAAGUUAUACGCUUGCGGAGGUUACGAUGGCUCAACGUUUUUACAAACGGUCGAAGUUUAUGAUCCAAAAACUGAUACCUGGGAAUACGUGGCACCAAUGAACAUGAUGCGAAGUCGGGCCGCCCUCGUUGCGAAUAUGGGAAAGCUUUGGGUGAUCGGUGGUUACGACGGUGUAUCAAAUUUAUCGGCUGUCGAAGUUUACGACCCGGUCACCGACACUUGGACUUACGGUGCUCCGAUGUGUUCCCACGAGGGUGGGGUCGGUGUCGGGGUUAUUCCAAAUCCCUUCGGUGAACUUCACCUGUCCAUUUAAUUCGUGACUAUUACCAUUUUAUUUGUUUGUUUUUUUAUUUUCAUUUUUCAUUUUUUUAUUGCCUCUUGCAACUUCGAGAAACUUUAUCGAAAAGAAAAACUUUGUGAUUUUCCGUUGCAUUUAGGGAAAAGAGAAUUUCCCCGGAACAAUUAAGUCGACUGCGAUGAAUUUCUAGGAUAUUGAAAUUUGGAUUGUUGGAGAGUUGCGGAAAUGCUGUUUCCUCAAUUUAGACUUAAACGCCCACCUUUGUUCUUUACCGAUGUACUCUUUUUAGGCUCUAAAAAAACUUAGGAAUUUUCGUAGCGCCCGAAAUGACAUUUUAAUGGUCAACGUUGUUACACGUUUCGCUGCAUUUCAACAGUGCAACUUUCAAUAUCGUUUGUGAAGUUAAUUAGACAAUCCAAACAUAAACGUAGUUAAGGUAGUUUUAAUCUCUGUCGCCAUUCGAUGAAACGUAAUUUUAGUGCCUCUCGAUUUUAAACUCAUUUUCCGAAAUUUCGUGUGAUCACUCAUGCUCGGUGUCAUUUCGCCUGAGUGAUUUCCGGAAACAAUUGUAAAUACGGUCCCUCUCUUGCCCUUUGACCAAAAAACUUGUCUAUUUAGAAUAGUUUUGAACAGCUUUUUUUUUUAAUAUAAAACGUGAAACGGCAAUCAGCUUAGAAAUAUUUCGCAUCUCGAUCAAAAGACUGUCGAUAAGUUGUUUCAAAAAUGACCCUGUACAUGUUAAUAUGAAGAAAGAAAACUCAAGAACGGACGAUAUUGAUCUCAUUUCAUACUUUUAUUAUUAUUUCUGGCUCCAACGAGUGUAUUUGUAAGGAAAAAGAGAAUAAAUGUAAUUUAUAUAUUUGA